CCCUCCGGUCCUUACUUAACUUUACAUUUUCCUUUUUGGACCGUCUCAUAUUAAACUUUACACUUCUUUAUUUGGCAAACAAAUCUACACCAAACAGUAUUGAACAGUGUCAAACAGUGUCUCUACAGUAAAGUCAAAUUUAUUUCUUUAAUAUGUGUGAAGUCAAAGUGUAAACUUCGUUAAGGACAUGAGGGAGUAUAUAAGUUGAUAUAUUGAUUGAUUCUUGUAGCUGCCAUGAGUGGAAUGAAUUGGGGGAUGACGUGAACGUGUAUAAACAUGCAUCUCUAGCUGAGUUCCCAGUUAUCUCGGGUUGGAAGCCAGAAAGUGCAGAAAAGAAAAGAAAGGUAGCUUCCUUUUUGAACAAGUGUAUGGAUGCCCAGAAUCUUGAAGUUUUGUUCAGGAGAGGAGUGGUGAGCUAUUUUAGCGGACAAGAACAAGAAUACGCAUUGGAGUGUUUGAGGAAGGCAGGGAAUGCGGGACACGUGGGAGCAGUAUAUACAAUCUGCAUAAUUUCCAUACUAUUCAUGGGAGCUGAACACAAGGAGAAAGGAAUGGAGGUGUUGAGUGCCAUGAAAAAUUCAGAUGAACUGCAAGAGAAAGUCGGGGAAGCUCGUCGGGAACUAAUAUCGAUCUUGAAAGAGAUUUGGAUUGGGAGUUUUGUGGUUCAUAGGCGAAAAACAAUUUUUUGCAGCAGAAGAGAUCAUUGUUGUAUGAAGAAGGGCUGGGAUGCGGACGAAGAGAACUUGAGUAUUGAUUGUACUUAUUGUAAAUGUGAUUUUGAGAUUUCUGUCAUAGAUAGUGUUCUUCCAUCUCCAUUAAAUAAUAAUAAUGUGGUUUAACCAGC